CGGCGCGUCAGGCCCAGGUGUUUCGGUUUCUACUCAAGCUGACAUAGCACAUUCGGCCAAAGGCUACGAGUCAGAGGAUGAGAACGCAGGCAGAAAGCGGCAGAGGGCCAUCGACGAGCGGCCCACCAGCAAGACCACCAUGUACUCUAAGCAGGAGUUCCGAGAGCAGUACUGCAUCAACAACAAACAACUGGAUUUGCUGGAACUGGAGAAGUCCAAGAAGGACAGAUUUCUCGGAUGUCUUUCCCAGUACCACAUCGAGAGCCCCUGCUCCAGAACCAAUAGAACAUCAUUUCUGUCCGUGUGCGUCAGGAGGCGUGUGCCAUCGGAUGAAAAUCUUAACACCAAUUAUGCGCCCAUACAGCGUUAUCCCAGGUGUGGCCAACCCACCCCGGCUCCACCCGAGCUUUAUGCCUAUGACGCCGAUCUGGAGUGCUCGUACUUUCGUCGACGACCACGCUCUGUGUGCAGCCAACCUGACCCCAAACGUUACACUUGGAUGCCAGAGGAUGAAGACUUCACCCGGAUGGAAUGGCCGCAAUCGGUAAUAGAAGAUAACGCGGGUUGGCCGCCAAAUUACAAUGUCGACCAAAUCGCGUCUGUAAGCCGAGGAGGCUCUCUUCCUAGACCACCCUCUAUUAUUCCUUGUCCCGCCCACACGCCGAUUCCGCCGCCACCGCCGCCUCCGCCGUUAACAAUACCGCCGCACAGAACAAAACACGUGUCGUUCGCCCGCUCACAUACACUGACAACUUUUGACGACUCGGUGAUGCCCGCUGCAGUUGGUGGCAGCAGGUUUCGUCGAGACUGCGAGAGGCUUAUCGAUGGACGUGCUGUUAAGCCUGAACCAAAGCCGUAUGCAACUCUACCAAUAAUGUUCCAACCGUUUCCGCCUUACGCACAGUUUAUAGCCGGGCAAGCACCGGCUCCGAUUCACUAUCCACCACCUAUAGCUCCUAUUCCCACUCAUCCAGUUCCUUCUAUGCCAAGGCCAGCACAAAUAGAGCCACAACCCAAAGUAGUUGUACUAGAUACUAUAAAGAAAGGAGUCAUGAGAACACAAGCAACACAAACAGAAGUUUGUUUAGGAAGGAAACCACUACCACCUAAUUAUUUAUCAUUAAGUCCACGGACGAUAAAAAGGGUAAAAAUGGUAGCAGCAGGUGUACAAACAAAUGGAUACGUUGGUCCAAGAAGACUAACAAAAUCAUUUUCUGAAGUAGGAGGUGACAGACUUGCUGGUAGAGAUAACCAAAGCGAUGUUGCGACUACUGUUGACAGCUUCAUCACUGCUAUUGAUCACGAAAAACUGCAUAGAACACAAUCAGAAGAGCCACCGCGAUCACCCCGAUCACCAACAAACGAUAUGCCAACUUCACCCCUUCUUCAAAGAGGGGACUCCGAUGACGUCACUUCAUCGUCGAUCAAAUCUGUGGCUUCAUCACAAGUAGAUAAAUCUUCGGAACUUAGUGCUUUACAACGUCAAGCUCAAGAAUAUUUCCAGCAAAACUUUCAGUUUAUCCAUGAAAGCGACAGAGAUGACACGGUAGAUGAUGAUAUCGAUUUAAUAGAAAAACGAAUGGAAUUAAAUCGCCAAAAUUUAGAAUACUUACAACAAGAGAUUGCCAAACAAGCCAAAAAUCAAGACAAAUCUUUGAGAUCAAUAUUAUCAAAAAGUACUAGCGACACUUCUCAAAAGACGAUUAACUCGCACCCAUUUUCAAAGACAUCGUUCCAUUCUGAACCUUCGACUGAAACUUCUGCUACUACAACAGACGACAGUGAGAAAAAUGAAAAAGAAAUAAUUAUAGAUUUUGAACCAAGACCUGACGAGGAAGCUAUGCCUUUUACAACUUUACGUAAGAAUAGGAGAAUGCUACAGAAGACUAUGUCAGAGGGUGAAAUUCUAUUAGACGUAAGAAAAACAGAACUCAAUAAUGUUGAAGGUGGAAAAGAUUUUAUAAUGUCUACCAGUCAAGAAAACAUGACACGAGAAGACCGUGAAAGGGAGGCCAUGUACAAACAAUACAUUGGACAAAAUUAUACUGAAACGCCUAUUAAAGAUGAAGGAAUAUUUGGAUUUGAACCAGAUGGGUCUUUUAGCACUGCAAAAUCUAGUCCCGGGUCACCGGAACCAGUAAGCAUUGAUGUAGAUAUUGAUAAUAAAACAAAACGUGGUACAAUAUCUAAACAUGUUACAACAAUGCUCACACCAUUAGAAAAAACAUCGCCUUGUGCAUCCAACGAAUCUCUAACGGUUGAUCAUAGCAGGGACCAUUCUGACGGUUUGUGGAAUGAGUCUCAAGCUACUGUCUUACAAAUAGAUUCGGGAACAGAAAAUGGAACCGUGAUAAGUUCAUCAGAUUUAAGUUCUUUGGCUGCUUCUCCGGGCGCGCUAGCAUUGCUUACUCCAACUUCGAGAAGAAAACAACUUCUAUUAUUACAACACCAACAACGAUCAUCAUUAGACACUGAUGCCUUGGAUGAAGAAUUUGAUGCAUCUCAAAGCCAAUCACCAACAUCACCUCGUAACAAGCUUGAUGCAUCCAGUACAAGUUCACAACAAACAAGAGCUUCACUAUCUCCACCGGCCGUUGUUCCAAAUGUCCAACUACCAAUUACAAAACAGCCAACAACAUCAAAAGUCUCCCCAAUAGCUUCUUCAAUAUCUCCAAAAAUAAAAACCAACCCCGCAAUUGCUAUAACUCAUCCUAGCUUAGACUUAGCAGAUGUUCCGUUUAAAAGAACCCCUAGUUUCAUCAAUAAGAAAAGGGAAAGAGCGUUAAGCCCUUCACGAAGAAAGGACUUACAAAGUAAAGCUCAACAAAAGGAACCCAAUGGGUCAUUACCUCACAAAAUCGUUGAGUCGCCAUCUGAACCCUCUCUGGCUAAAGCAGCUGGUAGUGAAACGAGUUUAGCUAGAACUGAUUCAGGUAAAAUGAAUACGACUGAUCAAUCUGAAAGCACUACUACUACGGAAGAUUAUGUAACAGCAAAUUCAGAUAGCUCCAAAAAGAGUAAUAGCAAAAAUCAAAACCAUAAUCCAGAGAAUAAUAAAACUCAAGAGGGCUCAUCAUUCGAAAGUGCGUCUAGUUUGUAUUCCUCUACUAAAACCGAUAAUAUUGCAGAAGACUUAGUGGUGCCAAGUUUCUCACCACCACUUAAUAUUACUGAGGAUUUUAUUGUACCGAAUUUAUCAUCGCCUCCCUUGCCAUUACCUGAAAGAAUACCAAAAUCAAUAUUGGAGAGGAUGGAGGUAAAAGCUGACGUUACGCCAAUACCGCAACAUGUAAAGAGAGAAAAGACUGAAGUAAAAAAACCAAGGGAAGAAGCACCAAAACCUAGCACUACAAGAGGCGUGACAAUUAGUGGUAAAAGCAGUUCCAGUGGCAGUUACAGCAUAGGUGGAUCCAAUCCAAAUGUUACAGAAGAUACUAAUGAUAAAACUACAAUUGAAAAACAAAAGGAAUUACCUGAAAAAGUAGAAAAUAAGAAGGAAGUGAAAAAGGAAGAUAAAGUAACUAGCCCAAUGCAUGAAAAAGAGCAACGUGUACCUAAAAUGAUGGGUUCUCUAUCAGAUGAUGAACGAAGCGCGCAUUACUCAUCUUCAGGUUAUUAUGAAAGUCCUGUGGAAGAUGAUGAUGAUGGAGGUUUAACAUAUAAACAUUCACAAAAAUAUAGAUCAACUAGACCAAAACCAUGGCUAGUAGACGAUAAACGACGGAAAAAGAAAACUGCAUUUACUUUAGAGUUCUCAAAAUCUUAUGAUGACUCUAUUUCUACUUCACAAGAUGACUGGGUAAAGAAAGAUAAAGACCCUGAUUCCGUAAGUCAUAGGUCUGAACGUGUAACAUUCAAAACAACAACAAGUAUAAAAUCUCCUCAAGAAGAAAAUGCUCCAGAAAUUAGGAAAAAGAAAACACAUUUUGCUGACAAAUCAAAAGUCUCGUCUCCUAGGGAACCGAUUGAUGUAGAAAAAUCCAUUAAAGAAAAAGUUUUGAAAGAAAAAGAAGCGGAAUCUAAGAGGCCGAUGGAACGAGAACGUUACGUCAAAAGAACUAAAAUGAAAGCUAAGAGUCCAACACAGAGUAAAGCCAUUGACGGUAAUCAUAGUUACAGAAUGCAACAUUACGGCAGAGAAGGUAUAAGUUCUGGUAUGAAAUUACAUCUAAAUAUACCUACUUCUGAUGAUUCUAGUGAACAAUAUAGAAAAGAUGGAACCAACAAUGGGAAUAUUUCUCCAAGAAAGCACAGACGCUUAAGAGAUAGUCCUAGAAGAAAAACAAGUAACAACUCUUUAGCAAAAUCUCCUACAUCAGGAAAUAAUCAUUCCUAUAGACCAAGACGAAAAAGUGGUUCAAAUGAAAGUAUAUCACUCCCGGGCAGUUUGCCUAGAAGAAAACAAUCAAUUCCUACUGUACCCUGUCUCAGUUCCCUCGAGGCAGAAGAUAUUGAAACGUCUCGUACUUUAACUAAAGCAGGUUGCAGAUUGACUCCACUACGAUAUGUAAAAAGUCCUAAUUCGUCGCCUAGACACCAUCGAAAGCAACAAGAUAAAGAUGGAAAAUUUGCGAAAGCAGCAUCAGCAGAAUCCCUACGCUCAGUUUCACCGGGUUCAGACUCAGUUUUCUAUUCCGAACAAACUGAGCACAGCUUGGUUACAGCUGAAUGUGAAGCAAAAGCACAUUGCUUACACUGUGGAAAAGAAGUGCAUAUUGUAACUGCUGCUCAUGAAGAUGAUACAAGAGCUUCAAGAGCUUCGCAUACCGAUAUUAGUACGGAAUCUUAUGCUGAUGCACCAACACCUGACAUAGUGCCUGCACCUGCAGGCUUUGCUGACUCUCCAUCUUGCAGUGCAAGUAGCUCUAGUAAAAAACCUUCGAGUGGCGUUCGAUUGUAUAAAAAACUUGAUAAAAGAUAUCGCAGCGAAGAUAAAUCCAAGCAUCACUACAGACAUAGGCAGGACGUGCGAGCUAAGUCUGAGGAAAGAGGCAAAGAAGAAUACGCAGCAAAUGAAAAACCACAAGAUACUCGUAUCGCUCGAUCUGCGGGAAAUAGUCUCGAUAAACUGGCGGGCUCAAGUGCAGAUCCUGAUGAACAUGAAGAGUGUUCAGGAAGUUCAGAAGGUGCUGAAGGCGGCAAAGAAGAAAAAGGUGUGUACGCAGCGCCAUGGUGGUGUGGCAACUGGAUUCUACUAUCUGAAAAUGGCGAUCAUUGGACAAGAAUACCUCCAGAUGUGUUGGAUACAUCAGAAUCCGGUCACGAGGACCCAACGGAGUCUGAAACUGAAUUCAACAAGAAAUACGUCGCAUUGACGCAUAGAUUGGUGCAUCGACGAGCUUGUAUCGAACUAAAUAGAAGACAGGCAGAUAAUUCGUUUGUUUCUAUAGUCACAGAUAUGAUAAUGAACCCAAAGGGUAGUUUAAGAGAAAAAUUGGAAGAAAUAUUCAAACUGAUGCUGGUCCUGUGGUGUCGACAGUCUGAAGUCCACAGAUUGGUUGCGACGGAACCAUGUGAGAGCGAUAAGACCGUAGUGGUGAGACGCGGCAAUGAGGAAUUUGGAUUCAGGAUCCAUGGGAGUAAACCAGUCGUGGUGUCAGCGAUCGAAUCCGAUACGCCGGCCGAGACCUCCGGGUUGGAGGUGGGCGACAUUGUCAUAGCCGUUAACGGUAUCAAUGUUCUAGACAAAACACAUUCUGAAGUAGUGAAAAUUGCUCAUUCCGGAUCCGAGAUAUUGGAACUCGAGGUGGCUAGAACAUGCGAAGUAGUUGCCUCUCUAGCACACGAAGGUGGCCCAGCGGCAUUGUACUCCGGAUACUUAUGGCGCGCUGCCCCCCUCAAAACGCACCACUCCCCGCGUUGGACACGGCGCUGGUUCGUCCUCAAGAGAGACAACUGCCUUUACUAUUACAAGACCGAUUCUAGUAUUCAUCCAGUAGGAGCGCUAAUGUUAGUGAACUACCAACUCACUGAGGAAGACGUGGGUCGACCGCACGGAUUUCGACUGCAGCGCGGUGGUGGUACGAGACUGCAACUCGCUGCAGACACCGCCGAGGCCAGCGCUAGAUGGCGCGCUGUUCUAGCUCAUGCCAUUGACGCUAGUAACCAACGUGACGGGUGGUUGGAAGUUACCAUGAGAAACAUGAAGUUACCACCUUCAUCCAUUCCUCGUCCCGACUGCUUUGGAUACCUGAUGAAGCUAGGCUCCAAGUGGAAAUCCUGGGCCAAACGAUACUGUGUCCUCAAAGAUGCCUGCUUAUACUUUUAUAAUGAUGGAAAUAGCAAGAGCGCGUUUGGUAUGGCAUGUCUCCACGGAUACAAGGUCCAAUCCUGCGCUCCUGGUGGUAAGAAAUACGCUUUCGAAGUCAUGCCAACAGAACCAAAACAAAGACAUUUCUACUUCCAUACCGAAUCGGAAAUGGACAGGAAACGGUGGAUGGCGGCGCUCGAAUAUUCCAUAGACCGAUGGAUGAAGGCCGGUUGACGACCAUCUAAUUCCUCAGACGAUUCAUUUGAUUUUGUAUAAUUUAAGCAAAUAUAUAUUCCGUUGUUAUUUUUAUAGUUACUUAAAAAUUUAUGUCUGUUACCUGCUGGCCCAAACACUUCACAUAGAUAAUAAUGCAAAGCACAUUGUUAAACGAAUAAUAUUUUUAAUAAAAGUACUUAUUCUGUUACUUAUUCUAGUACUUAGUCUAUUACUUAGUAGCCGGUUGUUUUGCAGUCAACAUCAGAAGAAGCUGAUCUUAGAGAGAAUUUAAAGUUUGAACAAAGUUGGAUGUAAUUUUUCGUAAUUUAGAUGUCAAAUAGUUUUCAGCGACUUUUGUUGUAUAGGUACGUACAUAUAAAGGUACAGUCGAUGCCCUACGAUACCUGACUCCCUAACCACCUAUUUGGUUAUGAGUAGAUCAGUGUGAAGAAAGGUGUUAAACAAACUUAACCUUUAACCUGUGAGCCGUAAUAUUAAUUUCGGUAUGACUUCCUUAUUGCAUCAUUAGUGAAUGACGUUUUUGAAACUUUUUAAGCCAAUUUGAUAUUUAAGUACAUUACAUAAAUACAAAUUUCAACCAAAAAGCUGGAUUUCCUUUACACUUGUCUGUUGAAUGUAUAAGUAGGAUCUCAGAAUG